ACAGAUAUAUUCUUUAGAUUUCGUCGAUUAUUUAUCAUUGCUUCUGAGUAACAAAAAAAUUAUAUUUUAAUAGAACAAUUAUAAUUUAAUACAAAAGGUUAUUUAUGACAUUGCGUAAAAAAUAGACAAAAAUCUAAUUAAAAAUGAUACCGGUAUUGCCGAAAGAUUCAGAAGGUAAAGAAGGAGAGGGAAGGGCUUUAAUAAAAGUUGUAGAACGUCCAACAUUUAUAUUGAAAACCAGAGAAGGUGAAAGCAGAGCAGUUUCACCAAGUCAGCGUAAUGGCAACAAAAAAGAAACAGAUUCAACUUCAACAAUGCCAUUGAAACCACCGGAUAUGACACGUACAGUGAUUUCUACAUGUAUUGAAAUGACAAAUUGUGCUAAAUUUAUGGAUGAAAAUAUGCAACUUAGUGAAAGUGCAUUAGAAUUUUUUUGUGACCAACAAGAUUUUUUAGUAGUAGGAUGUUUAGGUCCACAAGGUGUAGGGAAGUCUACAAUAAUGUCUCUUCUUACAUCAAAUUAUAAGGCUGACAUUUUUAAUGUUCAAGAUAUGUCCCAUCAUGAGAGUGGUACAAACUGUACUAAUGGAAUAGAUUUUUUUGUAACUAAGAAUAGAGUGAUAUAUUUAGAUACACAACCUAUUUUAUCAACUUCUGUGAUUGACUAUGCUUCGUCAUUUGAACAAAAAAAGACUACUACUGAUUUUGUUAAUACAGAAACCAAUUUAGAAUUGCAAUCAUUACAAUUUGCAGCAUUUUUAUUUUCAGUUUGUCAUGUAAUUAUAUUUGUACAAGAUUGGUUUGUUGAUCCAAAUUUAGUCAGAUUUCUUCAAACAGCAGAAAUGCUAAAACCAUCAUCUACAACUACUAUGGAUCAGGAUUAUGUUGAAUAUUAUCCACAUAUAUUAUUUUUACACAAUAAAGUAGAAGCACAAGAUUUUAUGCCUAGUACUGUAGGCAAAAUGAAGGAAUUUUAUAAUAAAGUAUUUGCCAGUUCUAGAUUACAAACUCACAGUGGCUUAGAUAUGAGUCGUGGCUCAGUUGAAAGUGGUUUGAAUUUAUUUUUAAUGCCGUUAAUUACAACAGAAGAUGAAUACAAUGUGCAAGAAAAUGAAAAAAGACUGAUUGAACAAUUAAGAAUGAAAAUACAUGGAGUAUCAAGACAUCCAAUGACACCAUCUACAUUAACAGAAAAAAAUUGGUAUCACUAUGUUUCAAAAGUCAUGGAGGCAAUAAAGAAAAGUCAUUUGUCAUCAGAGUAUGGAAGAUUAAUGCCAUAAAAUGUAAUGAUAUGUUCAUAACAGAAGAUUUAUGAUAACAGUAAUGUAACAAAAAGAAUACAAUUUUAUUUUGCAUUAUUAA